AGUUUGUCAGGGAGCAGUCUUUGGUGGGCAAAAUAGAGCCCACCCAAGUUAAAAGGAAGUGGGAAAACCUAAAACAAAAGUACAAGGAAUUGAAGGCCCCUAAAACAGGCAUAAGCACAGAGGGAGGAGAGGCCACUGCCGCAUCCUGGAAGUGGUACUCACUGAUGGAUGAGGCGAUGGGCCGGAGGCCAAGCAUUACGCCCCCGGUUACCAUCGACUCAUCCAGCCAGGAUGUGGUGGUGGUCUCUCCUCCCUCACCCAGGGAACCCCAGACUGAGGGAGAAACCCCCUCAAAGAGAAGGAGGGAGCCAGAGUGGGUCCAGAUUUUGAAGCAGGUCACUGAAAGGGAUGAAGAAAGAGAGAAGAUGUGUCUGGAGAAAGAGGAGAGAAGGGAGAAAGAGGCACUGGAGAGAGAGGAGAGGAAGGACAGGGAGCAGCUGGAGAGAGAAGAGAAAAGGGAGAGAGAGCGGCUGGACAGAGAGGAGAAGAGAGAGAGAGAGUGGAGAGAGUGGUUGGUGAAGAGAGAGAAUGAAAAUGCAGAAAGGGAGGAGAGGAGACAGAGAGAUUUGCUCUCCCUUGUUGAGACAAUUUUGAAAAAUAAAUAAAUAUAUAGAAUAUGUUUGGAUUUUGGUAUCAGCUCUUUCAUUUACAGUGAUAAUGUUGUUUGUUCUAGUGUCACAUAAAAAUCAUCUACUUUAUUCA